UCAAAGGCUGUUUAUUAAAUGUUUGUUAAACGUCAAAUUAAAUGAUGAAUUAUUUAAAUAAUUCGGCAGCCAGUGCAGUGACUAGUGAUACUGGUUUACAAUUGAACAAUGUUGAAGUAUUAUACACUAAAGUGCAAAGAGUUUAUAUGAAACCACAAUUUAAAGAAGAACGUCAACGUGAACUAAGGGUUAAUGUUGAAAUUCAUGCCGGUAUUAGUCCUGUGUGUCGUAAGAGCUUAUGUGUUUUGUUAGCAGAUGAUGAUGAUCCUUGUUUCCUUUAUUCCUUAUUUAUCACAGAGGAAGAUUUCAAAAUUUUGAAGUCACAACAGGGAUUAUUAGUAGAUUUUGAUAAUUUUGCAACACAGCUAAUAUAUUUAUUAGAGCAAUGUCAAAUACCUUCUACAAAUUUGUUAAAAACACCACCAAAAUUUUUAUUGCUAUUAGCAGAAGAAAGUGGAGAAUGGAUAUUCAAACUGGUUGAAACAAACAAUUUUAAACAUUUAUGCCAUUUAAGCUUAAAUAUAUCACCGGCAAGUGAUUCUGAUUUAAAGACCCAUAUGGCCAUGAAAAUUAAACACUUAAAAGAAAAUAUUUUACAACAAAAUAGAGAUGCACUUGCACUUGAAACAAGAUUGAAUGACUUAUCAAAUAAAGUAGAAACAAAAACAAAAGAAUUAGAGCAUUUAGAACAUAAGUAUAUGACAGAAAAGAAUCAAAUGCAAGUAUCUUCAUCCGAACAAAUAAGCCUUGAAAAAGAUAGAUUUGCCAAAGCCCAGUUAGAAUGGCAAUGUCGGAGUGAAAAAGAAAAAUUAGAAGUAGAACGUAGACAUGCAGAAAUUAUAAAACAACUUCAUACUGAACUGGCAGAAUUACGAACACAAAAUUUAACAUAUAAAGAUAAGUUAUCUCUUCUUGAAGCAACUAAUUUAGAACAAUUUAAAGAGCUCCAAACUCUUGAGAAAGAACUUAAUAUUGCUCAAAGAGAUUUAAAUUUAUUGAAAAAGCAAAAUUCGAAAUUAGAUACAGACUAUCAUGGAAAAGAUAAAACAGUAAAUGGUUUAAAAACAAAAGUCGCUGUACUUGAACAAGAAUUAAAAGAUAAAGGUGUACUUAUUAGCAAACAUACAGAAAUGUUAAAAACUGCUAAAGAACAGAAACAGCAUCUUGAAGAUCUCAUAACUGAAAGAGAAGGCCAAAUACAACGUAAACAUAAUUCUUUACGAAACUUAAGUGAUGAAUUGAUUAAAGCUAAUGAAAUAUUAACAAAAUUACAAAAUGAACUUGCUUCAACUAAAUCUAAAUUAAAAUUAAGAACAAGUAUAGCACUUGAACAAGAAAGAUUAUUAGAUAUUAAACAAAAAGAAGUUGGUCAGUUGGAAGGCAAAAUAGAAAAUUUAAUGAAAGAAACAAAAGAUGCAAAGACAGAGGUUCAAAAUUUGAAAGAGCAGUUAAAAACUCAACAAAAUCAAUUAGAAGAAAAAGAAAAAAUAAUAAAGAAUAAUGAUAAUGUUAUUAGUUGGUUAAAUCGACGAUUAGCAGAUAGUCAGUCUCCAUUACAAAAUACAACUGUAGCAGCACCAAUUACUGUCCCAUCUUCAGUACAGUUAACAUUACCUAGAUCGAAGUUAAUUACAAAUAAAUAUGAAAUGCAUACACCUGCACCCAAUGUAUUACAAUCAAAUACCUCGUCUGGGUUGCCAAUAAGAAAUCCUAUUGUCCAAAAUCCAAAUAUUAAUCAGACAACACGUAUGACAGCACGGUCAAUGGGUGUUGGUAUCACUGAUAGUACAAUAGGCAUAACAACAUUUAAUAAAAGUGGUCAAAUUUCAAGUACCAGUACACCUAUGGAUCGUAUUAAUUCUUUGAACAAGUUACCUGGAAAUGUUGCAGGUUCUUCUUUAAUGCCAGCCAUUAUAGAAAAUAAUUCAUCUGUUCCAUCAAAUAGUACAAAGACCAAAAGUACAAGUGUGCCUGGACAGGGUGGAUUAAGACGGGCAGGUUUGUCUGACAAACCAAUUUUGCCAUCUGCAUAUUUUCCUAAAACAUUACAUUGA